GUUUUGCCAAGACUCCGCCCCAACGUCAUUUGUCUUGUUUUAUUCAUCUUCAUUCCGGACUUUACUAUUUAUAUUCAGGCUCAUUCUUAUACCCAAUUCCUGUUUGUUUACUCUCUCUCUCUCUCUCUCUCGCUCCCUGCCCCUCUGUCUCUGUCUCCUGUGCGCGUUUGCUGAGAUGGGAGUUGAGAUACCGUAGCCGGCUGUUUCCAAGAGGAGCUUAUCUCCAAGCAGAAACUUGAAACCAUGCGUUCCCGCUCCCCGUCUCCCUCCACUCCUUUAAAUCCGGAGCCCUCACGGGCCGAAGAUCGAGCUUCACUUGGAUUACCUCCCAUGUCUUAUGUGCAAGCCGUUGUAUCCGGUAAAUGUGAAGUUCCCGAACGCUCUGCGUUCGAGAAUGAAGGAUCCCCGCUCCAAAUCGAUGGCCAGCCUCCCGGUGCGUCACUAUUGAAAACAGAGGGCUUCUCUCAGCGGAAUGGGCUUACAUCUUCUCCUCUGCCGAGGGGAACUCAUACGCACCGUGGGAGCGCAAGGUCAAGAAGGGCAAAUGGCUCGCAAGGAAACGGCGCAAACAACAAUCCAGGUAGAAGCCGCCGGGGAACUUCAGAGCGCACCGGCUUGCGCUGGGCUCCGCUCAACGUUGGCCUUGACAGGCGUCUCCAGACCCUCGUAGUCCUCUACCACACCAUCUCCGUACCUGUCUUUCUAACAGUCUUCUUCUUCUCCUGUGCCAUCCCUCUCUUCUGGCCUCUCCUCCUGCCCUACUUAGUCUAUAUUUCUCUAUUCUCCGACACUGCAACAUCUGGCACGCUGGUCCGCCGUAGCCAAUUCCUGCGUUCACUCCGCAUCUGGAAAUAUUUCGCCUCCUACUUCCCCGCCCGUCUGCACCGCUCCGUUCCCCUCCCUGCUACCCGAAAAUAUGUUUUCGGCUACCACCCUCAUGGCAUCAUCUCCCACGGAGCUUUUGCUGCAUUUGGCACUGAAGCCCUAGGCUUCUCCGACCUCUUUCCGGGAAUUACCAACACCCUCCUCACCCUAGACUCCAACUUCCGUCUCCCCUUCUACCGCGACUACGCCCUUGCCAUGGGACUGGCCAGUGUGUCCCGCGAAUCGUGCGAAAAUAUCCUAUCAAAAGGCGGCCUCGACAACGCCGGCAUGGGCCGCGCCAUCACUAUCGUCGUCGGAGGCGCUAGCGAGUCGCUCGACGCACAACCCCAUUCCAUCCGCCUAGUUCUCAAACGCCGAAAAGGCUUCGUCAAACUUGCUAUCCGCACAGGUGCAGACCUCGUCCCGGUCCUCGCCUUUGGUGAAAACGAAUUAUACGAACAGGUUCCCUCCGACCAGCACCCGCUCAUCCGCAGGUUUCAACUCCUCGUCAAGCGCACGAUGGGUUUCACUAUCCCGCUAUUUCAUGCCCGCGGCGUCUUCAAUUAUGACGUUGGCUUAAUGCCUUAUCGCCGUCCGGUGAAUAUUGUCGUUGGUCGACCCAUUCAGGUUGUACAGCAGCAUGAUCGGGCCAAGAUUGAGGAUGCUUAUGUUGACGAGUUGCACGAUAAGUAUGUGCGCGAGCUGCAACGAUUGUGGGAGGAGUAUCGUGGUUUAUUUGCUACGGAGAGGACAUCGGAGUUGGAAAUCGUCGCAUAAGAAGGGUAGGGAAUUCAUUGCUUGUAAGGUGAUAUGUUGGAGGCUAUGUGUGGGUCCGUUUGUCAGGAGUGUAUUUUUUUUUCUACCAGAGGGGGUUUUAGGUUCUGCUUGAAUACUGAGUUUGGGUUUGCAGCUGGGAGUUUUUGCUGGAUUGGUUUAUGUUUCUUUGAGGCUUCUUAGUCGGACGCUUGCUUGCGGUUACGUAGUUAAUUAAGAUUAUUAAAAUUAUCUUUACUUUCAAGCGUUUGAAUAGCGACUGCAUUUAUCGCUUAGGAAUUGAAACCUUUCCAGUAGCUGGUCUGCAUUGAUGGUCAGAGUAGUGGGAUGUCUGUAUAUCCGGGAUUGACACCUCGCUCCGCUGAUAAGGGACACUGAACUCGGAGAACAAUAACGACAUAUCUAUGGUACUCUGAAGAACUAAACAAUAUCUUAUGUCCCACAUCCUCCUCCCGUUUGCCGUGCGCUAUUGCUAGAACGCUCAUAUAACGAAAUAUUUCUCCCAAAUACAGUGGACAAAACAGAAGAGAAAAGAGGUUGAGACGUAUGAAAUUCUGUGAGAUGUAGAAAUGGACGAUGAUCGCUGUGAAGAAACAAGAGGACAAGGGGGAGCCGAUUGGCGUCCAGCAGUGACCAAUAUGAAAAAUAAAUACAGGAAAAGUAAAGAAGUGAAGUGUGAAGUAAAGGGAUAUCAUUAACCAGCUUAACUCCUACCAUAUAAUCCCCUUCCAAUGCCACGUCCCAUCCACAUUUUUCCACUUCCCCUGCUCAAUAGCCUUAUCCCACCCAAGCAUAACAGCCAGCAGCCGACACCCAAUGCUAC